CUCUUUACAACUUCCUCAUUAUCAACUUCAAGAAAUUUGAUUCUUAAUUUAAAUUAUAAUUCCUCUACUAAUAAAUUAUUUCAGAAAAUCUGCGGUAAUCUGUGGCGCAACUUUGCAAUUUUCCGUUUUUAACCAGUAAGAUUUAAGUAAAACGUUCGUAUCUUUGUCGGAAAACAGUCGUUUCUCUCAGAACUGGCAACCGGAAUUUAGUGCGCGACUUUCAUUUUUACAUUACCGUAAGUUUCCGCUACACUCUCGUGCAUUUCCCUCCUCGAACAAGCGACAAGCGGCUUUCGCAGUUCAUCUCGGCGCACACGUCAGGCGUUUCCGCGCGUGUCUUGAUGUAACUGAAUGUAAGUAAACCGCCAUAACCGCGACUCGCUCCUUCGCGGUGGCGCGAUAAUUCCGAAAGGUCAGGCUGACGUAGCCUCAUUAGUAAUGUCCUGCCUGAGCGCGCUGCAAACGCAGAUAGGGACCCUGCUCUCCGUGCCCCACGAAGUUUUAUUUUUGCAACAUAGGGUUUUCCGCGAGUACGCGAAAAUCGCAGUCGGACCGGACUUUAUCCACACGUUGCCGUCCUUCCUGAUCCUGAUAGCCGCGGUACUCGUCCUUUGGAAGAAUCCUCCGUCCUCCACGCGGCUCAUGGACCUCGUAGGCAUGACGUUCAUUUAUAAAGGGUUUCAGGUACAAUCUCUCUCAGCUACCUCCUAGCUAAUACCCUUCCCUUUAUACGUGCGUCUUUCAUAAAGGUGUCAGCCAGUUGGCUCGUGAUUAACGCGCUUUUAUGGCUAUGGCUGAUCCUCCAAAGGAUACUCUAUUGCAGCGUCUGGCAUUAUUGGAGUUAUGUGAGUGGACUCGUUAUUAUGUUCUUCUCGUAACUAACAAAGGAACUUGGUUUCGUAAUGCUUGAAUUGUUUGCUUUUAUAUAAGAAAAAAUAAGCGCCUGUAACAGAAAGGAUAACAGGUUUUUCUGAAGCUCUCUCCUAAAAAAUAAAUAUUAUAAUAUUUUAUGAAUUAAAAAAAUAUUGUUCUCUUUCUGUAAAUAAAAUCAAUUGUAAAUAACUGUAAAGUUUUGGGCUUAACAAUUAGUUUUAACAGAGUUUUCUUGUGCGAUAUAAUAUAUAGAACAGUUAUAUUAUCGAUAUAGGAAACUGAAUAUCGAGAUAUUUCGUAUCCUUGGUGGCAACACGUCUGGUCCUCGUACUAUCCUGUAUCGAUACACCCGCCGGUGAUGUCGGCCGGUUUUAUUAGUUGGAUUAUCGCCAUGUCGAUUGCGACGAUCGCCUUGGGAUGCGCGAACUCUACGGAUAGCGUGGAAAUUUUCAUUAAAGAAUCCUUAGCUAAAUUUUGGGAUACGCUUGUGGUGGCCAAAUCCUGUGUGGAAUGCUCGCAGGACGGGUUGGUAUUGCAAUUCGUAUUUUAAUUGUCUCCUUUCGCGUAUUAAUUUGUCACAAGUGACGAAAAUAAAGCGAGAAAAUUAAUGUUACGUAUAACAACGACAAUUGGUAUAAAUUAGAGUCUCAUUUGAGCAAAAAUUUUCCUUCUCAGAACGCAAGAGGAGCCCGUAACUGCUGAAGCAAACACGCCAAUGGACGAGGGCGAGAUCAGUUUAGUUUGCGACGACGGUCGCUCAGAAAUGUCGAAUGACUCGAACAACGCGACCCGCGGAGACAUACAUCCAAUCUCCUACGGAACGAAUUGGAUGCCGCAGCCAAAUUUCUCCGCAUUCAAAGAAGCGCAACGAAAAUUGUCGACAAAAUCCUUUCACACAGUAGCAGGCGCAAAUGACAUUAAGGAUCCUGAUAAAUUCACUGCUAAGCAAAUGCGACAUCGUCGUGGCUGUCACACCGUGAUACCGAGUAAUUUCAGCGAGCAAUCGAGCGAAUGUUGAAGGGACUUGUCAAUGUUGACUGAACGAUCGUCAUCGAACAAGUCUUCGAUUAAGCAAUGUGCUCAUGGGAAAAUAUUUUCCCGAAGAUUGAGAUCAAUUUCGAAGAUGAUGAUUUGCAUAAACGAGAUGGCGUUUUAUAUAUACCGAUAAAAUUUUUAAUCAUCUGAUAUUUAUGCCCCCCAAAAAUUUAUAAAAUUUUUUACAGAAUAUUUUAUACGUGUACUAUAUGUAGAACCAAGAUUUUACUUUUGAGAUUGAACGAUAGUCGAAUGACCAGAUUAAAGAAGUGCAAUAGUUACAUAACAAGGUAACAAGAUCGCAUGCCAUCCGAUAUCAAUUAUAUUAAUAGAAUAUAUAUGUAUAUAAAACU